GAUGAAUCUAUUCACUUGUUUCAAUUUCCGUCAUAAAGUAAUGUUAGCACCUCGAGCGCUGACCCAUUCAUUGUUACACGGAAAUAUUUCAUGACACUCCUGACUCACAAAUAGUUUGGAAAACCUUAUGUAGUAUUUUAGUUUUUCUGUCAGCCAUCAAACUAGAUCAUGUAAACUGUGAUCAAAAUGUUUUUGUAUAUUCGUUGUCUAAAAGCUGUGAUUCUGUAUGGAAUUUUUUUGGAGUUUGCUGCCUCCAAGAACAACACUGUUGCCCGUGUCGGGGAAAGAGUCCACAUGUCCUGGAAUGUACUUCUAGCUGUCCCGGAGUUUGAGAUUGUGUCUGUCAGACCUAAUGGGAAGCUCAGGCCUGAUGAAUCCAUGGUCCUGUUCGACGUGGAGGACAAUGCACAUGUGUUUACAUCUAUCAACACACAUACAGGGAACGGGACAAGGAUUCAGCUGACUGUCAAAACAUCCCUGCAAGGAAGGACGCUGGUCAGUCUCAUAUUCCACAGUGUCGACGUGCAGGACGCCGGAGUGUACCAGUGUGUUACCUACAACAGUGACAGGUCUGAUAACACGUGGACUCAGCUUCUCAAUGUACUGCAGAAACCAUCACAACCGAACAUCAGCACGACAUCUGCCGACCCUGUAUCAGGUGGUCAUGUGAUGCUGACCUGCUCCUCCACCUACCGGAGUCUUCCUCUAGACCGGUCUCUGUACCGGUAUACCCUGAACACGUCCUACACCUGGAGGAGAAACAACAGCAGAGUGGAGAGCGGGGUACACGUGGAGGGACCAGUCCUGACUAUAGACAACGUCACCAAGGGAGACAAGGGUGUCUACACGUGUCAGUCUGAAGAAGAGGGCGUCCUGUCAGACUGGAGUCAGGGAUACACUCUGACUGUCCUGUAUGGACCAGACACGGUACAGUUUAAUGGUAACAGAGAUAACGUGUCUGCAGUAGAAGGUGACCCUCUCACAGUGAGAUGUUCUGCUGACUGUAACCCCGCCUGCACUGUGACCUGGUGGGACACAUCCAGACAGAGGGAGAUCACGGGACAGAGGGAGGCUGUGUUGUAUAUACCAGCUGUUGACAGAUCUAUGUCUGGACAGUACACCUGUCACGUCAACAACACACACGGGAAUACAUCACGGAACCUGACCCUGGAUGUUUCCUCACGUGAGGUUACUGAAGCUGCCGCCGUUUCCAUCGUCCCCGUGGCUGCUGUCUGUUCUGUGCUGAUCGUCGUCAUCGCCGUGGUCGUCAUAUUUGUUGUUCGUAGAAAACAGACAGGUCAAGAGAGAGGAAACAUUCAUAACCGCGUGGUCGCAUAUACCCGGGACGCUGAAACAGACGGGAGCUACCAGGAAAUUGAAGAGAGAGGAUACACUAAUAAUCGCGUGGUCUCAUAUAUCCGGGAUGAGGAAAAUGAAGGGAGCUACCAGGAGAUAGAAGAAGAUGAUGUGAACGUAGACGACAUCGUCCCUAUUGUAGCCGUCUACUCUGUUAUGCUCGCGGUUGUGACAGUUGUUGUUGCAGCAGUUGCUAUUCUUGGCUGCAAGGACGUGAAAGAGGGACACAGCUUAAGAUGUGGUGAAUAUCUCACUGUGGUGGGAGAGAGACUAUCCCGUGACAUCAGUGAUGCACCGUACGCUUCCAUCAAUGACGAGGAUGCCUUAUCCCUGCAUGAUUAUGAGCGACUACUGAGGGAACAGUUCCACAUCUACACGUCUCUCCACUCUUCAGCUUCCUCUACACAGGACCACCGUACCAGGGACAGCCUUAUGUGAGGGUAGAGGGAACAGUUCUUCAUGUACACGUCUCUCCACCCUUCAGCUUCUUCUACAGAGGGCCACAGCACCAAGUGCAGCCUCGUAUGAGGGAACAGUUCCACAUCUACACGUCUCUCCACCCUUCAGCUUCCUCUUCAGAGGGCCACAGCACCAAGCGCAGCCUCAUAUGAGGGAACAAUUCCACAUCUACACGUCUCUCCACCCUUCCGCUUCCUCUACAGAGGACCACAGUACCAGGUGUUGCCUAAUGUGAGGGAACAGUUCCACAUCUACACGUCUCUCCAUCCUUCAGCUUCCCCUACAGAGGACCACAGACGUCUCUCAACCCUUCAGCUUCCUCUAACAGAGAACCACAGUACCAGGAGCAGCCUCGUGUGCGGGAACAGUUCCACAUCUACACGUCUCUCCACUCUUCAGCUUCCUCUAACAGAGAACCACAGUACCAGGUGCAGCCUCGUAUGAGGGAACAGUUCCACAUCUACACGUCUCUCCACUCUUCAGCUUCCUCUAACAGAGAACCACAGUACCAGGAGCAGCCUCGUCUGAGGGAAUAGUUCCACAUCUACACGUCUCUCCACUCUCCAGCUUCCUGUUACAGAGGUCCACAGUACCAUGUGCAGCCAUAGAUACCCCUAUGUGUGAUACAAGGAUCCUGCGAGAUCCUGGCGUUUGAUAUUAACAUUUAUGGAAUAUGGUUGAUUGUGUCGUGUGAUAUAUCACGUCAACGCACUUGCUUGUCCAUUGCAGAACUUGCGAAUGGCCGAGUUUAUGCAAUGCAGUGAUGAAGACUAAUGAUAAAGAAAAAAAUGUAGUUACUGUGUGUUGUCAUCGCUGAUCGAGGCGGUAGCUUGUAACCUUGAAGCUUCUAUCUUAUAUUUCCUAUACAACAUUAU